GUUUUCGCAGUUGAGGCUCCAACAGCGUGCUCUGUGGAUGUCACAAUAGUGGCAUUCACUGUGCGGGAUGAAGCUGCUCAACCCCAUCACUCGUUACCUGACCCUGGUCGUCGCGCUCACAAUCCGCAUUGCACAAUCCCUGCCACAUCUUCCCGAGGAAGCAAACUGGAAUCUCAAUCAAAAUCAAACCGCGACAAACCCCCUCGACUACUCAGGACAGUGGGACGGACACUCGUAUACCCCCUCGCCAGACAACUGGCGAUUCCCCUUUUACACUAUUUUCCUCGACAGACUCGUCAACGGCGAUCCCAGUAACGACGAUGCGAACGGCACACAAUGGGAACACAUCCUAACGUCCAACCAGUUCCGCCAUGGCGGCGACGUGCUCGGCUUGGUGGAUACCUUCGAUUACCUACAGGGAAUGGGAAUCAAGGGCAUCUACCUUGCCGGAACACCGUACAUCAACUGGCCCUGGGGCGCCGACGGAUAUUCCCCGCUUGACCUGACGCUGAUGGACCAUCACUAUGGCACGAUUGACGACUGGCGCACAAUGAUAUCCGAAGCUCAUAAACGGGGGAUCUACGUUCUGUUCGAUAAUACCUUUGCGACGAUGGGCGAUCUGGUCGGUUUCCAAGGUUACUUGAACCGGUCCGCGCCAAUCAAUCCCAACGAGUACGACUAUGUAUGGAAGUAUGACCGUCGGUACUGGGACUUCCAGCCGGGAAAUCAGAUUGAGGCUCAAUGUCCCUGGGAGUAUCCUCGAUUCUGGGAUGAUGACGGAACCGGCUUGACCAACACCACCCUUGGCGCUUCAUGUCGGAAUAGUGAAGUUGACCAGUAUGGAGAAGUGGCCGCGUUCGGAAACUACACCGAAUGGGAAGGGCAGAUUGCGAAAUUCGCAUUUGUCCAGGACCGUCUGCGCUCAUGGCGGCCCGAUGUUCUGGCGAAGAUCAAACACUUUUCGUGUCUGACUGUCACCAUGCUUGACAUCGAUGGAUUCCGUGUCGACAAAGCUCUUCAAGUGACCCUGGACUCUCUUGGCGAGUGGUCCGAGUCAGUGCGCGAUUGCGCCAAACAGCUGGGCAAGGACAAUUUCUACAUCCCGGGAGAGAUUGUGUCGGGAAACGCCUUUGGCUCGCUGUACAUCGGUCGCGGUCACCAGACCAAUCAAACCAUCUCUAACAUCACCGAAGCUUUUAUGAUGACCAACAAGACAGACAAGGCAAACGAGGAUCUCUUCUUGCGACCGGCCGAGCAAUCCGCACUGGACGGAGCGGCGUUCCACUACACGUUAUAUCGCGCCCUGAGCCGAUUUCUAGGUUUGGAUGGGAUCUACGCCGCCGAAGGCGACCCGCCGGUCAAUUUCGUGGAAACAUGGAAUGGUCUCGUGCAGACCAACGACAUGGUCAACACGAACACCGGCAAGUUCGACCCUCGUCACCUGUUUGGCGUCACGAAUCAGGACGUUUUUAGAUGGCCGGCGAUCCAAAAUGGCACCCACAAGCAGAAUUUAGGACUAUACGUCGCUUCAUUACUCAUGCCUGGAAUUCCCAUCCUCUCCUGGGGCGAGGAACAAGAUUUCUACGUUCUGGACAACCAAGCCGAUAACUAUAUCUUCGGUCGUGGACCCAUGUCGUCUUCCCAAGCGUGGCAGAUGCACGGCUGCUAUAAGCUUGGAUCAGAUAAAUACUAUGACUUUCCGCUCGAACGCGCCCUGACCGGAUGUGGCGAUGACUCCGUCAGUCUCGAUCACCGAGAUCCUUCUCACCCAAUCCGUGGUCUUAUCAAGACGAUGUUUGAGAUACGUCAGAACUACCCCGUUCUGCAUGAUGGUUGGUACCUACAGCAGUUGUCCAACCAGACCGUGGAUAUCUACCUUCCCGGUAGUAAUGGGACACCGACCGAGACUGGCAUGUGGAGUGUCAUGAGGUCCCGCUUUGUCGAUCUACAGAAUUUUGACGGCCAAGGCCAGGGAAAUCAGAGUGUCUGGCUGGUGUAUUCGAAUGACAACAAAACGGUCAACCACCAAUUCAACUGCAGCAGCGACAAGGACGCAUUGAUUUCGCCGUUUCCCGCAGGAACCACGGUGAAGAACCUGCUGCCCCCAUUCGAUGAGUUUUCGCUGGUCAACAGCUCCAUGAAGCUAGGAUUUGAAGGGUCCGAUCUACCCAAUGGGUGCCAUCCUAACCUUACGAUGCCGGCUUGGGGAUUCAAAGCAUAUGUCCCGAAAGAGAAAUUCCUGCAGCCUUCUCCAUACAUAACGGCCUUCACGCCCGGACACGACGCCCGCAUUGUCUCCCAGGGAACAGAUGGAGAGACUGUACGAAUUGGCUUCGAAUUCUCUCAGGAGAUGGACUGCGACCAAAUCUCCAACUCGCUGACGAUCACUUCCAAAGCGCUCAAUGACGAAAGUGCUCUGCUCGACACGACCUCGGUGUCCUGCAAAUCCUUUGCUGAAACCGAAGUGGCAACAUGGCCCGGGGCAUUUACUAGUGUUUUCAGCUAUGAGGCAGAUUUGUCCAACGUGUUUCCGGGCGUGCAUAGGGUCACCGUUAGCAACGUGACGAACGCAUCGGGAAACCAAUCCACAAACUCUGUUGACCACUUUAUGUUCCGUAUCGGAGAGACAACCAACCCAAUGGUCUGGCCGCAGCUGGCCAACUAUAGUAGAGAUCUGCUGUUCGAAACCCCGUCCGCACCUGAGCCCCUGUCCGUGAUGCCACAUGCUCCGGGUGCCGAUAUGUGGCGCUACUCGCUUGAUUUUGGUGCAACAUUCAGUGACUGGAUGACAUAUACCGGAUUCAACACGUCCAUUCCUGGCAAGAACUGGACGGGUCCGACAAGGCAGGCCUGGGAAGGAGAGCACAUUAUUGCUCAAUAUUGGAGCAAGCUCACCGGGAGUAGUGAUCACUGGCUGCAUGGAGACACCCAGUGGGCAUAUAAACCACCUCGUCGCUUCCCCAACCUCUUCAUCGAAGGCGAAUUCAACCAGUUCGGUUACGAUGCUGGGUACUCGAACAAAAUGGCUCUCAGCAACCUGACCGGACGGUGGGAGAUUAACUUCAUGGGCGAAUGGCCCGUGCAGGUUGCGUUCAAUGCCUGGGGAAUCAACGAGGACGGUCUGCCCGAUCAAACCCAGGUCUUUGGAGAUAUUGAUGGAGACAACGUUCUUGAUCAGGUUCCACCGGUCACGCUGCUGAGCAAUGUUUUCAACGUUACCAUCCCACCCCCUUCACCUUAUCUUGCGUUCAAGCUCACAGUGGACGAUGGUGAUCUGAGGGUCUACGCUAUUCCGACAGGAUCGAGGUGGGUUCAGCUGGCCCUCUUUAUCCUUUUGGCUAUUAUACCGGUCGCUAGUGCGGUAGGCGCGGUGUAUGCUUACCUCAAGGCCUUUUACAAGGUCAAGUUCAACCAAAUCGGCGUCACGGAGAAAACACCGACAUUUGCUCCACUGGUCAGCAUCUUCCAGCGGGUAACCCGUCCUUCAGAUGAUAGGGAAGCAAAUCCGGCACUUGAUCAAGGUUCCGUGAGCCCGUCCCUAUCGGACAGUGGCGGCAUCGUCAGUGCCGCUGUAAACAUUCGACGGCGAACCGUGGUCAUCGCAACGAUGGAAUACGAUAUCGAAGAUUGGGGCAUCAAGAUCAAGAUUGGUGGGCUGGGUGUCAUGGCCCAGCUCAUGGGCAAGAAUCUGACUCACCAAGAUCUGAUCUGGGUAGUCCCCUGUGUUGGAGGGGUGGAGUACCCUCGAGACGAUCCCCGCGAGCCGAUGGUAGUCACUGUCCUUGGUAACAAGUACCAAGUUGAUGUUCAGUAUCAUCGGUUGCACAAUAUCACAUAUGUCUUGUUAGACGCGCCCGUGUUUCGAGCCCAAACCAAGUCGGACCCGUACCCGGCUCGGAUGGAUGACCUGCAUUCGGCCAUCUUCUAUUCGGCCUGGAAUCAAUGCAUUGCUGAGGCCAUCAAGAGAUUUCCAGCAAUCGACCUCUAUCACAUCAACGAUUACCAUGGUGCGGCCGCUCCAUUGUAUCUUUUGCCUCACACGAUUCCAUGCUGCUUGUCCUUGCAUAAUGCCGAAUUCCAAGGUUUGUGGCCAAUGCAUACCUCCCAGCAGGUUCAAGAGGUGUGCAAAGUUUUCAACCUCAGCCCGGCCGUGGUAAAGAAGUAUGUGCAAUUCGGCGACGUGUUCAACCUCCUGCAUUGCGCUGCCAACUACCUCAAGAUCCACCAAAAUGGAUUCGGUGCGGUUGGUGUCUCCAAGAAAUACGGUAAGAGGUCAUACGCCAGAUAUCCCAUCUUUUGGGGUCUCAAGAGCAUUGGAGCCCUGCCGAACCCCGACCCGUCUGACCUGGCUGAGUGGGACAAUAAUGCAAACAACAAUCUCGAGGAAGUUACCAUUGACACGGAGUUUGAAGCCAGCCGUGCGGCACUCAAGAGACAGGCGCAAGAAUGGGCAGGGCUCAAAGUUGAUCCUGAAGCACAGCUGUUUGUAUUUGUCGGCCGUUGGUCCAUGCAAAAGGGCAUUGAUUUAAUAGCAGACAUUUUCCCUUCCAUCUUAGAUGCUCACCCAAACGUCCAGUUGAUGUGCAUUGGACCUGUCAUCGAUCUCUAUGGAAGAUUCGCAGCAUUGAAACUGAACCGGCUCAUGCAGCUCUACCCGGAGCGAGUCUUUUCGAAACCGGAGUUUACUGCACUGCCUCCGUUUAUUUUCAGUGGCGCCGAGUUCGCCUUGAUUCCUUCGCGAGAUGAACCAUUCGGUCUGGUUGCUGUCGAGUUUGGUCGGAAAGGAGCGUUGGGUGUGGGAUCGCGUGUUGGUGGGCUUGGACAGAUGCCAGGAUGGUGGUACACAAUCGAGUCAAUGACAACCAAACAUCUCACUCACCAGUUCAAGUCGGCCAUCAACGAUGCUCUGCGAUCGUCUCAAGAAACCCGAGCGAUGAUGCGUGCACGAUCCGGCAAGCAGCGCUUCCCCGUGGCUCAGUGGGUUGAGGAUCUAGGGAUCCUGCAAUCCACCUCGAUAGAAAAGCACGCGAAACACUCCAAGCGCCACGAUCGUGGCUCAUGGAGAAUAUCCGGGAGCAGCACCCUUAUCCCCGAUGGCAUCCCGAACGUUCGAUUCUCGUCAAGUUCAAACACCAGCCGCGAGCAUAGUCGAUCACGCAGUCCCACCAUCUCGGGCUCGCCUCGCAGGCCGAUGCCUAGUGAGCCGAGACAUGUUGGAAGUCGGCUAGGCCAUAGCCACACUCCGUCACUUCCGGCAAACCUGCCUUCCAGCUUAGCCAUGUCCAACGAGUCCGAUACUGAAUUUGAGUCACGACGCAGACCCUUGUCCUCCACUCAUCGUCCAGGCCCUCGUGUCAUCUACACCCUUAGCAAUGACGGGGAAGGCCUCGAGCACAUUCCGAUGGCCGCCCAAGAUGACUCUAAUACCCGUCCAUCAUCGUCGCUUUCGCCGUCAGGGGCCCUCAAUGCUCCUCCCCAUUUUGCCAACUCUGGUGCUAGCACACCUACUCUCGGUUCCGGACCGGAAGAUGGGCUGCUCGGUCGCCGAAACCUAAGCGCAUCCUUGAUGAGCCUGGUUAGUGUCGACGAUAUCAUCAAGGAGAAGCAAGACUACAACCUGCAGAAAGUCAGUCCCUUCUUCACGGAUGUCAAUCAUGAAUACGCGGACAAGUUUGAGAGGAAGCUUGCCGACCUGAAUGGCAAGAAUUCUGAGGAUCAGCUGUGCAUUGAGUUGUUUAUCGAGAAGAGUGAGAAAGACUGGUUUAACCGAUACCGCGAUGUCAAACUGGGCAAGUCACCACUGCCAUCUCCAUCGCCUUCUGUCUUCCGUUUCAAGAUCCAUGACACCAGUCGACCACCGACCCCAGCAGCUAGUGCUCCGGUUGCCGACCCAAACGCUGGGCAAUUCCUGCUCCCAAAAGACUAUGUUCCUCCUACUGGGUUGAAACGUUUCAUGCUGAUGAAACUGGGCGAUUGGCCGGUGUAUUCCAUCGUUCUCGCGAUCGGCCAAAUUCUUGCCUUGAAUUCCUACCAGAUCACACUUCUGAACGGCCAGAUCGGAGAGACGGCAGAGAAGCUUUACAUUUUGGCCUCCAUCUAUCUUGUCGCUUCGAUCGGGUGGUGGAUGGUCUUCCGUCUCGUCCCUUCAGUUUAUGUGUUGACAAUCCCCUACUUGAUGUACGGGUUUGCUUUCCUCUUCGUGGGUCUCGCCGGUCCCAUUAACAACAGCACCAGUCAAGAAUGGCUGCAGAAUGUGGGAACUGGCUUCUAUUCGAUUGCAUCCUCGAGUGGAUCGAUUUUCUUUGCCCUCAACUUUGGAGAUGAAGGUGGGGCGCCACUUAGCUCCUGGAUUUACCGGGCCACACUCAUUCAGGGCAGCCAGCAGCUAUGCAUAAGUUUCCUUUGGUACUGGGGUAGCUGGAUGGCCAAUCUCAACCAACAGGGUAACACGCAAUUCAGCCUCACCAUGACCAACCCUGGGGCAUUGCUCGGUAUCGGAGUUGGCCUGGCCUGUCUGAUGUGGCUGCUGGGAGGUCUUGUGUUCUUUGGACUGCCUACAUAUUAUCGAAAAGCACCAGGUCAAGUGCCGACAUUCUACCUAUCUCUCUUCCGGCGCCGCAUCAUCCUCUGGUUCUUCUACAUGGUGUUCAUCUCCAACUACUGGCUGUCGGCACCGUACGGACGAAACUGGCUAUAUCUCUGGUCCAGCAAGCAUGCCCGGGUGUGGCACAUUAUUCUCCUGGUGCUCUUUUUCUUCAUUGUUGUCUGGGCAGCAGCUCUCUGGGUCUUUCACGUCUUUUCCAAAAGACAUGCCUGGUUCAUCCCAAUCUUCGCCAUCGGCCUGGGUGCCCCUCGAUGGGCCCAGAUGCUGUGGGCAACCUCCAACAUCGGCACGUACGUCCCUUGGGCCGGUAGUCCAAUUGCCGGAGCCAUCCUCGGAAGAGCACUGUGGCUCUGGCUGGGUGUUUUGGAUAGCCUUCAGGGUGUCGGGUUUGGAAUGAUCCUCUUGAACACCAUGACUCGCUUCCAUGUCACCUUUACCCUACUUGCCGCCCAGGUGGUUGGAUCCGUUGCGACUAUCCUCGCGCGCGCCACCGCACCCGAUAAGUUGGGCCCCGGGGAUAAAGCUGACUUCUGGGUCUGUUUGCUGUUCAUGCUAUCGAUCAACGUGCUGUGUCUCUUCUUCUAUCGCAAGGAACAGCUAUCCAAACCUUGA